GGUCAGUCAGACGGCGGCAGCCCUGGGAGGCGCCAGCGCGAGUCCGAGCCGCUCCCCGUCCGCUGCAGCCGCCACCGCCGGCUCCGUCGCCGCCGCGCCCCGGCGUCCCGUGUCCUCGCCCUCCCCGCGCCGCGGCCCUCGAUGCGGCGCCGGGCCGCUGCGUGAUGGGGCUGCGGAGCGGUGCCCUGCGGCUCGCGGCGGCCGCUGCUCGCGCUGAGGCGCUUCGGUGCCGGGCCCCCCGCGCCCCCGCGCGCCGUGUCGCCUGCUGACCCGGCCCGCCCGUCCGCCCGUCGGUCCGUAGCGCGGCUGAGGAAACUUGCACAUAACUUCAAAAGAAGAUUUGAUACUUUAUUUCUGGACUGCAUAUAUACAACAAGACCAUCAGAAUGUCGGGAGCCUCAGUGAAGGUGGCUGUGCGGGUUCGGCCCUUCAAUUCUCGAGAGACCAGCAAAGAGUCCAAGUGCAUCAUUCAGAUGCAAGGCAACUCGACCAGUAUUAUUAACCCAAAGAACCCAAAGGAAGCUCCAAAGUCCUUCAGUUUCGACUACUCCUACUGGUCGCACACCUCGCCUGAAGAUCCCUGUUUUGCAUCUCAAAACCGUGUGUACAAUGACAUUGGAAAGGAAAUGCUCUUACAUGCCUUUGAGGGCUAUAACGUCUGUAUUUUUGCCUACGGGCAGACUGGUGCUGGGAAAUCUUAUACAAUGAUGGGUAAACAAGAAGAAAGCCAGGCUGGCAUCAUUCCACAGUUGUGUGAAGAACUGUUCGAGAAAAUCAAUGACAACUGUAAUGAAGAAAUGUCUUACUCUGUAGAGGUGAGCUACAUGGAAAUUUACUGUGAAAGAGUACGAGACCUGCUGAAUCCAAAAAACAAGGGUCAUUUGCGUGUGCGUGAACAUCCGCUUCUUGGCCCAUAUGUGGAGGAUCUGUCCAAGCUGGCAGUCACUUCCUACACAGACAUUGCUGACCUCAUGGAUGCUGGGAACAAAGCCAGGACAGUGGCAGCUACCAACAUGAAUGAAACAAGUAGCCGUUCCCAUGCUGUGUUUACCAUUGUUUUCACCCAGAAGAAACAUGAUACUGAGACCAACCUUUCCACUGAGAAGGUCAGUAAAAUCAGCUUGGUGGAUCUAGCAGGAAGUGAACGAGCUGAUUCCACUGGUGCCAAAGGGACUCGAUUAAAGGAAGGAGCAAAUAUUAAUAAGUCUCUUACAACUCUGGGCAAAGUCAUUUCAGCCUUGGCAGAGGUGAGUAAGAAGAAAAAGAAAACUGAUUUUAUUCCCUACAGGGAUUCUGUACUUACUUGGCUCCUUCGGGAAAAUCUAGGUGGUAAUUCUCGGACUGCAAUGGUUGCUGCUCUGAGCCCAGCAGAUAUCAACUAUGAUGAAACUUUGAGCACUUUGAGAUACGCAGAUCGUGCAAAGCAAAUUAAAUGCAAUGCCGUUAUCAACGAGGACCCCAAUGCCAAACUGGUUCGUGAAUUGAAGGAGGAGGUGACGCGGCUGAAGGACCUUCUUCGUGCUCAGGGACUGGGAGAUAUUAUCGAUACGUCCAUGGGGUCUCUUACUUCAUCUCCAUCUUCCUGCUCACUCAGUAGUCAGGUGGGCUUAACAUCUGUGACCAGUAUUCAGGAGAGGAUCAUGUCUACACCUGGAGGAGAGGAAGCCAUUGAACGCCUAAAGGAAUCGGAGAAGAUCAUUGCUGAGCUGAAUGAAACCUGGGAAGAGAAGCUGCGUAAAACAGAGGCCAUCAGAAUGGAGAGAGAGGCCUUGUUGGCUGAGAUGGGAGUUGCCAUUCGAGAAGACGGAGGAACCCUGGGAGUUUUCUCACCGAAGAAGACCCCACAUCUGGUUAACCUCAAUGAAGACCCACUCAUGUCCGAGUGCCUGCUUUAUUACAUCAAAGAUGGAAUUACCAGGGUUGGCCAAGCAGAUGCUGAGCGGCGCCAGGACAUCGUGCUGAGUGGGGCUCACAUUAAAGAAGAACAUUGUAUCUUCCGGAGCGAGAGAAACAACAGUGGGGACGUUAUCGUGACCCUAGAGCCCUGUGAACGCUCAGAGACCUAUGUAAAUGGCAAGAGGGUGGCCCAGCCCGUUCAGCUGCGCUCAGGAAACCGUAUCAUCAUGGGUAAAAAUCACGUGUUUCGUUUCAACCACCCGGAGCAAGCACGGGCAGAGCGAGAGAAGACUCCUUCUGCGGAGACCCCCUCUGAGCCUGUGGACUGGACGUUUGCCCAGAGAGAACUUCUGGAAAAACAAGGGAUUGAUAUGAAGCAGGAGAUGGAGAAAAGGCUGCAGGAGAUGGAGAUCCUGUACAAAAAGGAGAAAGAAGAAGCAGAUCUUCUUUUGGAGCAGCAGAGACUGGACUAUGAGAGUAAGUUGCAGGCCUUGCAGAAGCAAGUUGAGACCCGCUCCCUCGCUGCCGAGACGACGGAAGAAGAGGAAGAGGAGGAAGAAGUCCCUUGGACACAACAUGAAUUUGAGCUGGCCCAGUGGGCCUUCCGGAAAUGGAAGUCUCACCAGUUUACUUCAUUAAGGGACUUACUCUGGGGCAAUGCUGUUUACCUGAAGGAGGCCAACGCCAUCAGUGUGGAACUGAAGAAGAAGGUGCAGUUCCAGUUCGUUCUGCUGACCGACACCUUGUACUCCCCUCUGCCUCCGGAGUUACUUCCCACUGAGGUGGAAAAAACUCACGACGACAGGCCUUUCCCGCGGACGGUGGUGGCGGUAGAAGUGCAGGAUCUGAAGAAUGGAGCGACACAUUAUUGGUCUUUGGAGAAACUCAAGCAGAGGCUGGAUUUGAUGCGAGAGAUGUAUGACAGAGCAGGUGAGGUGGCCUCUGGUGCCCAGGAUGAAAGCGAAGCCACCGUGACUGGCAGCGAUCCAUUUUAUGAUCGAUUCCAUUGGUUCAAAUUGGUAGGAAGUGGGUUCUGUCCUUUUGGCACCUGUAGCUUCCUGUUUAACCAGCUGUUCCUCUCUCCUUGGCUGUGUCCGUCGGCGUCUUCCCUGGUGCCUAGCUCCCCCAUUUUCCACGGCUGUGUGAACGAGCGCCUUGCGGACCGCACACCCUCCCCCACUUUUUCCACGGCCGACUCCGACGUCACUGAGCUGGCUGACGAGCAGCAAGACGACAUGGAGGAUUUUGAGGAUGAGGCGCUCGUGGACGACACCGGCUCUGACGCAGGGACGGAGGAGGGAUCAGAGCUCUUCAGUGACGGGCAUGACCCGUUUUACGACCGAUCCCCAUGGUUCAUUUUAGUGGGAAGGGCAUUUGUUUACCUGAGCAACCUGCUGUAUCCUGUGCCCCUGAUUCACAGGGUGGCCAUUGUCAGUGAGAAGGGUGAAGUGCGGGGAUUUCUGCGUGUGGCUGUGCAGGCCAUUGCAGCGGAUGAGGAAGCUCCUGAUUAUGGCUCCGGAAUUCGACAAUCAGGAACGGCUAAAAUAUCUUUUGAUAACGAGUACUUUAAUCAGAAUGACUUUUCUUCCGUGGCAAUGACUCGUUCUGGUCUGUCUCUGGAGGAACUGAGGAUUGUGGAAGGGCAGGGUCAGAGUUCUGAGGUCAUCACUCCUCCAGAAGAAAUCAAUCGAAUGAGUGACUUGGAUUUGAAGUCAAGCACUUUGCUGGAUGGUAAGAUGGUCAUGGAAGGGUUUUCUGAAGAGAUUGGCAACCACCUGAAACUGGGCAGCGCCUUCACUUUCCGCGUGACAGUGCUACAGGCCAGUGGGAUCCUUCCGGAGUACGCAGACAUCUUCUGUCAGUUCAACUUUUUGCAUCGCCAUGAUGAAGCGUUCUCCACCGAACCCCUCAAAAACAACGGCAGAGGAAGUCCUCUGGGCUUUUAUCACGUGCAGAAUAUUGCAGUGGAGGUCACCGAAUCAUUCGUGGACUAUAUCAAAACCAAGCCGAUAGUAUUUGAAGUCUUUGGGCAUUAUCAGCAGCACCCGCUUCAUCUGCAAGGACAGGACCUUAACAGCCCGCCUCAGCCAUCUCGACGCUUCUUCCCUCCGCCCAUGCCGCUCUCCAAGCCAGUUCCAGCUACCAAGUUAAACACCAUGAGCAAAACCAGCCUUGGCCAGAGCAUGAGCAAGUACGAUCUUCUGGUUUGGUUUGAGAUCAGUGAACUGGAGCCUACAGGAGAGUACAUCCCAGCCGUGGUUGACCACACAGCAGGCUUGCCCUGCCAGGGGACAUUUUUGCUUCACCAGGGCAUCCAGCGAAGGAUCACGGUGACCAUUAUCCAUGAGAAGGGGAGUGAGCUCCAUUGGAAGGAUGUUCGUGAGCUGGUGGUAGGCCGGAUCAGGAACAAGGCUGAAGUGGAUGAGGCUGCGGUCGAUGCUAUCCUCUCCCUAAAUAUUAUCUCUGCCAAGUACCUGAAGUCCUCCCACAACUCCAGCAGGACCUUCUACCGUUUCGAGGCCGUGUGGGACAGCUCCCUCCAUAACUCUCUCCUUCUGAACCGAGUGACACCCUAUGGGGAAAAGAUCUACAUGACCUUGUCAGCAUACCUAGAGCUGGAUCAUUGCAUCCAGCCGGCGGUCAUCACCAAAGAUGUGUGCAUGGUCUUCUACUCCCGGGACGCCAAGAUCUCGCCACCACGCUCUCUGCGCAGCCUCUUUGGCAGCGGCUACUCGAAGUCACCGGACUCCAAUCGUGUCACUGGAAUUUACGAGCUCAGUCUAUGCAAAAUGGCAGACACGGGCAGUCCAGGCAUGCAAAGAAGGAGAAGAAAAAUCUUGGAUACGUCAGUGGCCUAUGUGCGGGGAGAAGAGAACUUAGCAGGCUGGCGGCCCCGCGGGGACAGCCUCAUCCUUGAGCACCAGUGGGAGUUGGAGAAGCUGGAGCUCCUUCACGAGGUGGAGAAAACUCGCCACUUCCUGCUGCUGCGCGAGAGACUUGGUGACAGCAUCCCCAAAUCCCUGAGUGACUCACUGUCCCCCAGCCUCAGCAGUGGGACCCUCAGCACCUCCACCAGCAUCUCCUCUCAGAUCUCUACCACCACCUUUGAAAGUGCCGUCACCCCCAGCGAGAGCAGCGGCUACGACUCCACGGACAUCGAAAGCCUGGUGGAUCGAGAGAAGGAGCUGGCUACCAAGUGCCUGCAACUUCUCACGCACACUUUCAACCGGGAAUUCAGCCAGCUGCAUGGCAGCAUCAGUGACUGUAAGCUGUCUGAUAUCUCUCCUAUCGGACGGGAUCCGUCCGUGUCCAGCUUCAGCAGCGCCACCCUCACUCCCUCCUCCACCUGCCCUUCUCUGGUAGAAGCUCGGAGCAACUCUCAGGAGCAGAAGACCCCAGAAGCCAAUUCCCGGGCCUCCAGUCCCUGCCCAGAAUUUGAACAGUUUCAGAUUGUCCCAACUGUGGAAACACCCUAUUUGGCCCGUGCAGGAAAAAAUGAAUUUCUCAAUCUUGUUCCAGAUAUUGAAGAAAUUAGACCAGGCUCAGUGGUCUCUAAGAAAGGAUACCUGCAUUUCAAGGAACCGCUUUAUAGCAACUGGGCUAAACAUUUCGUCGUGGUCCGUCGCCCUUAUGUCUUCAUCUAUAACAGCGACAAAGACCCAGUGGAGCGUGGCAUCAUUAACCUGUCCACAGCACAGGUGGAAUACAGUGAGGACCAGCAGGCCAUGGUGAAGACACCUAACAUCUUUGCUGUAUGCACGAAGCAUCGUGGGGUCCUUCUACAGGCUCUCAAUGACAAAGACAUGAACGACUGGUUGUAUGCCUUUAACCCACUGCUUGCUGGCACGAUACGGUCGAAACUGUCCCGCAGGUGCCCGAGCGAACCGAAGUACUGAGUGACUCUGCCGAGCGCCCUCACUCGCCUUCGAGAGAUAAAGUCAGUGUCGCCCCUCACUUCUCUCUGUGAUUCUUGACGGCCCCUCUCGUGUGUAAGCCUGUGGCGUAACUGCUCUCCCUCCUGUCAACACUCUUUCUCGCUCUUCUGGUCCCCGUCUCCGUUGCUCUGUAUCCUUCUUUUUUCUUGUGCUGAGAAUCGUGGUAAUAGCACGUGGCCUAACAAAAGGGAGAAAAACAAAUGAACAAACACAAACGACCCAGGGGGGCUCCGGUGAAUCUCCAAAUUAUUUUUUCGUGACUUUUGGCUUCCUUUUGUAUGAUGGGUCCCCAUAUGACCACCUGUGAUGUCUGUACUGCUGUCUUUGGAUAUCUUGGCCUGUUUUUUAAGACAACAUAAUACCUUUUUUUCUUUUCUCUAUUUGUGAUAAUCACUUUAAUUUUGGGGGGUGGCUUCAGAGACUAAGGGAGGAAACAUCUGGCAUUUUUUUAAACCUAAAAGGAAAAAACUUACCUUUUCCCCUUCCCUCUCCUUUUGCCGUUGCUAAUCCCUGCAUUUUCCAUUCAGGGAAAAGGUUGUAGUGAGCUUGGAAAUGGCACAGGUGUGUUCUCUGAAAUUGGAGCUUCGUUAGAAUGUAGCUGUGCGGUUUUCUUUUAGUGGAAGAGAGAAGGGAGGACUUUGUAGCAGGCCUGGAACAGCGGGAAGGGAAAAGCCAAGGUUAUUGCCAGCACGGUUGAGAGGACCGUGGGAUCUGGCAACAGCUCAUGAAGGCGGACGGACAGUAGGAUGAGAGCAGUUCCUCAGAGCAGGAUUCCUGUGAACUGUUUUUCUCUCAGAAUUUCUCAUUUCUCUUCUUGGCAUUAGUGCUGGUGGUACAGUUUGGAAUUAGUGCAGCGUCAUACACCAAUGAUCCACAAGGGGGGAGCGACUCACCUUCUGGGGGUCACUGUUACCAUCAUAAGUAUGGUGACGCCGAGCAGUGACCUUGUGAUCCUUGUAGCUCCCUUUGAUCGAACAAGCGUAACUUCAAGUGUAGAUGCGAAGCCUCCCUCUGACUCCUGGGCAUUUUCAAUGAUCCUUGUCAAGUGGAAAAUACUUUCAGUAAUGCUUCUCCCCCCUGUAAUCAUAAAUACGCAGACAUGGCAGGCUUUGCCUUCUGGAUCCCAGGAUUAAAACCACUCCCUUCCCACCACUAAAACAAAACAAGAGGACAUCCGGGGGCAGAGAGGAGGUGCGCCUGAGCCACGGCCCCAGUGGUUGGCGCUGCGUCCGCCUGGCCUCUCCUCCUUGGUCAUCUUUGUCGGAUGUGGAAGUAUUGCCGGAGGAGGGAGGAGGAAGCUCGCUGCUGCCCAUCUCCUUCCCUGACGGAUCAGGGUCGUCUGCAUCCAGAAGCCAUCAUGGAAGAAGAUAGAUACUCUUUCUCUUUCAGCUGCCAGUUGAAGUCACGUUUUCUGGGAACGAGCUGGGGAAUAGACGGCCUCCGGGUUACUCCAGCUGCUUUGCCGGUUGACCUGGGGUGUUCUGUACUAUCCUUUUUACCUCCCUCACACAAAGCUCUGACCACCCCUCGGGCGCUCAGGAAAGUAGCUGCCCUCUCCCACCUUGUGGAGACUGAGGGCCCCCAGCCGUGAAGUUGCCGACUCUGUGGGGUCCGGCCGACUGUCUGCGUCAGGCGGGACGGGGGCAGGGGCUGGCGCACGGUUGGUGCUGUGGACGAGAGCCGGGCAGCACGCCGGCCACAGACCCUUGCUUCUGACUUCCCGGUUGGGCUCGUCUCUGAGAACAGGUCUCCCGGCUUCGGUACAAUUGCCUGGCCAAGGGGAGGAAAAGUGAAUCGUGGUGAGCUUAAAAGAAAGGAUAGAAAUCACAGGCGGUGACCUUAGCUGAAAAGUGAUCAAUAAAAACUCUACAGUAGAUUUUUAACUUUUUUCCUCUCCUUAAACAUAGGUCAUUAACUGUGAUGUUACUUGUUUUCUAAGCGGUGUGUGAGAUUUUUAAUGUAGUUAGAGGUUCCUUCAUCGUCUAAUGGGCACGGUAUGCCCUUCUGGUGUAUACUCAAAUCCAGGACCUGUCGGUGCUUAGAGACAGCUUCUGGACUGGAAUGAAAUCCAGUUGCAGGGAAAUGAAGAUGAAAUUGGAAGAUGGCUUUUAGUGAAGUCACAGGUGCCACUGCUGUUUGUCACAGAGUCUGACAGAGGGCCCUGGAUCUGUGACAGAGGGAGGUGGGGAGGGCUGAGGGAGAGUAAAAUCAUGUGACAAACUGAAAUGACGUUUGGUUUUUCUUCUAACUCAAACAAAACUGGCUUGGAAAGUCUUUGCUUUGGAGGUGUCGGGUAUUAAGACAGGUAGGACCGGACCGUUCAUAACACCCCCCGGGUAAGAGGGCCUCCUGAGGAGCAGGACGUGUGAGGCCCGAAGGGUGUCAGGCAGGUGUCCUUCCCUCCAUCUGAGGACAGCCCUUAUUGGUGGCCCCUCUUCUUCCAGCGGCCCAUUUUCAGACUGGAGUUGCAACAGUUUCGGGAUUAAUGUUCUCUUUCUGGGUAGGUCCAUCCCUACUGUGAAGCUGAGAGAGCAUUUAUGGCAGGAACUACUUACGAGGCUUUAGCUGAAGCCACGGUGGCAGGAAAGUUGAUACUUAAGAUGAUAUUAAUAUUAGUAUUUAAGGAAACUACCUUUUAAGUAAGGGGUUUCUUUUGUGGGUUUUUUUCCCUAAAGCAUUCUUUUAAACAAGCAAAAAAAAAAACAACAAAAACCAACCAAAAACAAAAACAGAAAGAAAAAGCUCUUAUGCAAAUUAAGGAGAAAUGAGUUCCAGUUAGAAGUAAUCCUCUCUUCCCCUCCUUCCCCACCCUCCUUUCUCCUGCCAAAGCAAAAUUCGGCCUCACAGCCCACACCAAGCUGGGACCCACAGCCUCCUCCCCUCUGUGCCUGCCUGGGGGUCAGCCAGCUCUCGGGCCAGGCCGUGCAGGGCCAGCCAGCCGUGCACACAGCCAGGGGCGUGGGGAAGGGCCGCUGCUGGCAGCUUGGGUGGUGGGCGCCCAGAUCCCAGCACGUCGUACAGUGCUCGAGCGCUCACUGUGAGGGGAAGGGAAGCGAAUCCCACCCCCCACCCCCCACUAAACGACCACUAUUGUUUUACUUUUCUUUUCCCUUCAGCUGCAUAGAACUUAAGCAACUACUCAUGUUUUUGAUGGAUUUCUUUUUUCAGCUCUUUUAUGAUGAAGGGAUAAGGUAAGAUCAUUGUGCAAGGGCUUUAUGGCUCUAAAAUUAAAAUGACUUCUCCUGGCACAUAUUCCAAAGCAAAGACUUUGUUGCCUGCUGCUUGUUCUAAUUUACAGGGAUAUUUAAUUUUGUAAGGUAUAUGUAUAUUUAUAGUGCUGUAAUUAAUUGCACAUUGGACUGGAAAAGAGCGGAUGACCCAGGGUGUGGCAGCUAUCGGUACUCUCCGUUUCCUCGUGCUGUGUUCCACACGGGUCUCCAGGACGGGAUCAGGGCUCGCUCAUUUGUCUAUUGGACUCGGGUCCUUCGUUUUUGCUUUGGGUUCCCUUAUUAAAAUGUGAUUGUUAACCUGCUCCUUAAAAGGAAAACACUAAUUCUGCUGCUGCUCGUGGAAGGUUUGCUGAAUGUAUUUUAAACAGGACUCUGGCCCGUACACACUGCAGCUGUCCACUGUGGCCAAUGAUGAUACACCCACGUGUGUGGCCAGACCUUUACUGUAUGUAGCAGGAACGUAUUGAUUUGUGCUUCCUUAGCAAAUUGAAAUGUCAGCUGAGAGAUUAUCUGCUGCUGUUGUUCAAAAGGCCAUUUAUGAAAGUCGUAUUUGAACCCCAUGAAACCUUAGGAAAGCUUGUGAUCAUUUAAUGGAAAGAAUGAGAAUUGACCCAAAUUUCAUGUUAAAAGCUGUGCUCAGAAGGUCCGAGCUGAGGUUGGUCUCCUCCCAAACCCUGGCUGUUGUGUGUCGUCUCCGUGUGUCCGAGUUCCCUUUUUUCAGGCUGCACAUUCUGGCAUCUGUUCACCCGAGGAGUCCAUCGGCCUGCUCGCGUGCAAGGCGCCACCUAUCGGGGUCUCUCCUCGCCAUCCUCGUGCGCUGCAACAGAACCCAUGGAGCAUACGUGGCCUUUUUGAACCAAGACUUUGCAAACUGAUCUCUCCCCAGUAAGGAGUUGAGCACAUUAGCAACAAUGUACAUUAUUAAUUUCAGAUUUUCAUUUUCAUGUUUUAUUAUGUAAAUAUGAUCUGAUGUUUGGAGCUUGAGUAUACAGAAUGUAAAUAUAGUUCUUGUAUUUGUACUAAUUCUCGUUCUUUUGCUGUAUAGCCUUAGAUGUGCAAUGCAGACAUUAUCUAACUGUGUAUGGUAACCUUGCAUCACGGAACUAUUAGUGAACGAGGUAAAAAUAAUAAAGGUACAACCAGUGCAU